UACGAAUAAGAAUUUUGAGCAAGUAUAAUUUCUAAUAGUAUAAAUGUACUGUUUAUAAUGAAUCAAUUCUAAACUGUAGAUUAAAAGAAGAAAAAAAAAUGGGUGAACGUAAAGCUGUAAUUAAGAAUGCUGAUAUGCAUGAAGAUAUGCAAGAGGUUUCAGUUCAUACAGCUGCAGCUGCACUUGAUAAAUAUGAUAUUGAAAAAGAUAUUGCUGCAUUUAUCAAGAAAGAAUUUGAUCGUAAAUAUAAUCCAAAUUGGCAUUGUAUAGUUGGAAAACAUUUUGGCAGAGAGUCAGUUCACUUAUCAACUCACAGUGAGUUGGUACAGUAGGAAUAAAUAAUCUCCCCUUAAAAAUAUGCCCUCUUCAGUUCUGCAUAAUUGUCUACCAUUCGAAUAAUUGACAGUGUUCAAUGUUUCAAGUAGAUCAACAAUUAAUUAAUUUAUUCUUUAAAUACUUUGUUUAAAUUUAAUUUUUGGUGUUUCUUUUAAAUUUCAGUUAUGUAACGCAUGAAACACAACACUUCAUUUAUUUCUAUCUUCAAGAUCGAGCUUUUCUACUAUUCAAAUCUGGUUAAAGAAGUAUGAUUAAUAAGACUGAACAAAAAAAUAAUAGCUUAACUCGUACACAUACUGUUUAGGAUACAGUUGUACUGAAAUUAUAAUGUAUGAUUUAUCAUUCUAAAGGAAUGAUAUUUUGUAAGACUCCACCAGAAUAUGUUUUGUAAUUUGUUAAAUGUUGAGUGAAUAAAUGGUGUUUUUGAUCAAAGGAUACUUUUUCUUUAGGUUUUCGUAAGCCUUCUGAUAUUUAUCACAUAGUCAAAACAAAAAUUUAAACUGGAUAAUCUAUUGAACGGUAAACAAAUUUAACUUAUAAAUACAGUGUAGAUUAAACCUUCUCACUUCAAGUGAACACA